CUAAAUUCAGGAUUAAUUUAGCCUUUUCAUGUAUGCCCGACAAAACCACUCCUUUCACAAAUCAACAACAGAACCUAAGAAGCAUUCUCAUAAUUAAAUUCAACACCGAACCGUUUUACCUUACCAAAUUUCAGAGCAUGAUAUAGAGCACCAUACGUUUUUAGGAAGUUAUAGCGUCCAGCGGUUACAGACUGAAGAGUCUGACACAGAGAAAGCAGAGUGAAAUGACGGGAACGGUGAUGCCACCAUCGGCGAGGGCGGGGUUAGGACUGACGGUGGGAGCGGGACAGAAGAUGUCGGCGUCGUUUGCGAACUCCUUCAGAGUAGCCGCUGUAGCCGACCGAUUAGCAGUUCACAUUCAAUCUGGCAGCGGUAGUAACGCCACCGAGUUUUUUGGUCUAUGCCUCUCACUCGCUAGAGGCAUUGAUUAUGCAGUUGCAAACAACGAGGUUCCAGCCAAAGCUAAAGAUUUACCUUCAUUAUUGAAACAGAUCUGCCAUCGGAAAAAUGAUCUUUUCUUACAAGCGGCUAUCAUGGUUCUUAUGAUUUCUGUCAAGAGUGCUUGUCACAAUGGAUGGUUUUCAGAUAACGAAUCUCGAGAACUUUAUACUCUUGCUAAUGAGAUUGGAAACAGCUUUUGCAAUCCCGGAGACAUUAGUACUGUACCAAGCGAUUCUCAUUUCAUUAUCACAAAAAUUAUGUCCAGAUUCUAUCCCCGGAUGAAAAUGGGGCAGAUACUCGCAUCUCUUGAAGUUAAGUCUGGUUAUGGAGCAUACAUGAUUGACUUUCACAUUUCAAAGAAUACAUCACACUCUCCAGACGAAAAAAUAAGGUUAUUUGUGGCACAGAGAGAUAAUGUUGAGACAUCAGCAUGUAUUAUAAGUCCACAACAAGUGAACUUUCUGUUAAAUGGAAAGGGAGUAGAGAAAAGAAAUAAUGUUUCACUGGACCCAGGACCACAGAUGCCGACUAAUGUGACUGCAAUGCUUAAAUAUGGAACAAAUCUUCUUCAAGCUGUUGGUCAGUUUAAUGGUAAUUAUAUCAUAGCCGUUGGUUUUAUGAGCGAGGUACCAUUACCUGGGACUUCUGUGUUACCGGAUUAUGUUCAGUCUGAUGCUGCAGUAGCAGAUCCAGAUUCUGAUAUAAUCGAGGGGCCAUCACGUGUAUCACUUAAUUGUCCCAUAAGUUAUUCACGUAUCAGAACACCUAUAAAAGGACAUUCAUGCAAGCAUCUUCAGUGUUUUGAUUUUAGUAACUUCAUUGAGAUAAAUUCAAGAAGGCCCUCUUGGCGCUGCCCACAUUGUAAUCAGCAUGUAUGCUACAGUGAUAUUCGUGUCGAUCAGAACAUGGUUAAGGUUCUGAAAGAAGUGGGAGAGAAUGUUGUUAAUGUGAUCAUCUCUGUUGAUGGAUCAUGGAAGGCUGUCAUGGAAAGUGAUGAAAAUAUGGAUCAUUCAUGCAAAGAGCCUGUUAAUUGCCAGAAAGAAACACCUGAACAGCAAGAACCUGCUACUUCCUUAAUUCCCUCUGUUUUGGACCUCACAGAGGAUGAUGAUAGGAUGGAUGCUAUGAGCACAAGUGAUGUUGAAGACAGGAAGCCUUUUCAGUCUAGUUUUCAAUCUCAAAGUGUUGCCACUAAUUUAACCAUGCCAUCACAUGAUACAAAUGUGUUUGACCAGAAUGCUUCUGAUCAACUGAUGGAUGAGUUAUUGUCUGGUUACUUAAAUGAUGGGUCUGGGGCCUCCAUUGCUGGAUUGUGUACGCAAACAGUUAAUGGCAUCCCUGAGUCAUCUCCUGGAAAUGCUAUGACUUCCUCUGUGUCAAGUGAUGCCAUUUCUCCUGUUCUUAACUGUAAUUUUGGGGGUCAUGGAAAUAAUAGUCUUACUUCUUUAACACAGACUCAAUUUUCUGCUUCUGGUGAUUUACACCAACUUGUCAACGCAGCUGUAAACAAUGAGUAUGGGAGAUUCACAAAUAUACCCAGACAUGUAAACAGAACUUCUAUAGCAGUUCAGGCCCUCGCAGUUGCAUCUCAAAUAUCAGCUCAACAACAAAGAUCAAGAACCAAUUUGAAUGGUGAAAAUCCCAAUGGUGCCCCCCAGACUUCUCAGCCUACCCUGCCAGCGGCAAAUGGUUUUAAUACUGCUUCCAUAUCCCAUACAAAUGCUCAUCAAGGUUUGAACAGGGUUGCAUCCCCAAUUCCGCAUUACCCAACAGGACAGAAUCGUCAAGAUCGACCAUAUGUUUCGGGACAAUCAUUCCAACAAGUUAAUCCACUUCAACUCCUCAGAGCGCCUAGGUUUAGGAAUGAAUCUCAGAAUUUACAUCAGCUGCAAGCUCUUCAGAUGCCACAAUCCAGGAGUCAAUCUCCAACUGUAGUUCGAUUAUCUUCCCCUCUCCCACGGGUUCAAACCCCGCAAGGGGCUGCACAAGUUGGGGCUGGCAUCCAACAAACUAGGUUUGGAGGUGUUGCUCCACGACCAGUCCAGAUGCCUAGACAGCCACCAUCCGUGCCAGUUCUAAUGCAAACAUCCAGGGUGAACUUGAACUCAAAUACUGACAGGACUUGGGCACCACCAGCAGUGCAGAGGGGAAAUGUUGGUGCAGCAGGACAAGUGAAUACUGGUGCUGAUGGUGUUGAGCAGAAUUGGCAACCAACAGGACGAAUGCGUGGACGCCUAUCUGGUCAGGCUGCUGCAGCUUAUAGAGACUUGAUAAUUCAACCUACCCAAACAACUCAAGCUCCACAACCACCAGUGACCUCUACCCAAAGAACUCAAGCUCCACAACCACCAGUGAUUUCAACCCCUCCUAGCAUUUCAUCCCAGCUGCAGCAUAACCUUUCACCCCAGCUGCAGGCAUUUCUAGCUAAUGGCAGAAAUUUCUACGUUCCUCAAAAUAAUCCAGCAACUCAACCUGCAAGUAUGAAUGGAAGUUCUGGUUCUCUGCCGUGAGUUGUGAUAGGUAUAAUAUUAUACUGAGAUUACUAUCCAGGCAGAUGGAGGCUGCUAGACGGCUGUAUAUAUUUAUGUAAGCAAGAAGAAUAGCCAGUUUUGGAUCACUUGGUCACUUGCAAGUUUUGUGUAGAGAUCUGAGGUCACUUUGUAAAUAGGCAGUUUCCUGUGGGAGUUAUUGACUUGUAGGAUCAGGUCGGGUUCUUAGUUUAAUGCUCUCUCUUCCCAAGUGACGUUUUGUUGGUCAGUGGGGCAGACAAAUGCAUUUAGUUUAUUUAUAGAAAUCAUAAAGAUUUUGAUAUUUGCUCA